CGACCAGUCGGCAUACACCCCGCUCCAACCCCACUCUUUAGGUCCGGUCAGACCCCACCCCAGAGCUUAACCUCGCCCGCAGCCCUGGGGAAGGAAAGUAGAAUUUUUCGUCCAAGGUUGGAUGAAGGAGUCAACCUUUCCGCCACUGCCCGGAGUUCCUCUGGCCCUGAGGGCCGGUGCCCCGACCACUUCCGCUCCCGGUGGCCCUGACACCGGAAGCAGAAGUGCGCAGCGGCGGCGGAUGGUGGCGGCUGUACUGGCGCACGGCGCGCUGCGAUGGGAGUGUCUCCGGCCGGUCUGCAGGAAGGACACCUACUGAAACUUUAAACCCUGGCGCUGGUGUCAUGGAAUCAGUCACCUUGGAGGAUGUGGCAGUGGGGCUCAUCCAGGAGUGGGCGUUGCUGGAUGACGCUCGGAGGAACCUGUGCAGAUACGUGCUGCUGGACAACUGCAGGACCCUGGCCCCCCGGGCAGGGACUCCACCCUGCAAAGCCUGUCUGGUCUCCCAGGUGGGGCCAAGAGAAGAGCUGAGGACAGCAGAACGAGGCAUUCUCUGUGCCACGGGUGUGGACUGGGAAUCUCAACUUAAACCCAAAGAGUCUACUCCUCUGCAGGAUAUUUUGGAGGAAAAUUCAUCCCAUGAUUUGCAAAUGGGGCUGGGGCUGGACCUGAGGGUGCAGAUCAAGCCCAUGAUGGGAGAGAGGGGGACACCUCUGACUCCAGGGGACCGGUCAGCUCUCCAGGAGUCACCUUGGUCUUCUGAAGACACAGGGCUGAAGGUGGCUGUGCAGAUUCAGAGGGUGGCCACGCCGGAGCCUGUGCUGCGCCUCCUCAACCUGUUGGGGGCUGGGGGUUCUGCAGUGCCUGCUCAGGACCCCGCCUGGCUCCAGGAGGAGAGCACAGAGGAAGAAGCCGUGGCUCCUGGGACACUGAACAUUUGUCUGCAGGAACCAGUCACCUUUGCGGAUGUGGCCGUGCUGUUCACACCGGAAGAAUGGCUGUUUCUAGACUCUGCUCAGAGAAGCCUGUACAGAGACGUGAUGCUGGAGAACUAUAGGAACCUGGCCUCUGUGGGAGAUCAACUCUGCAAAGCCAGUACGUUUUCCCAUUUAGAGCAAAGAGAAGAGCUGUGCGUCACUGAGAGAGGGAUCUUACCAGGAACCCACUUAGAACCUCAACUUCAACCCCAAGACACAAUUCCUAACCAAGAUAUUUUUGCAGAGAUUCCAUCCAUUGGCACGAAAAGGGAGCAACCUCAGACUGGAGAAAAACUCUAUAAAUGCAAUGUACUAGGGAAGCCUUUUAAUAGCAUCAAACCACUUUUUCAGUACCAGAGAAUUCCUGCAGGAGGGAACCCAUGUGAAUGCCGAGAGAGUGGAAAAUCCUUCUUCCAGACCGCUCACCUAAUCGUGCCUGAGAAAAUCCAUAGCGGGGAUAAAACCUAUGUGUGUAACAAAUGUGAAAAAUCGUUCAGAUACAGCUCCGAUCUCAUCAGGCACGAGAAGACUCACACUGCGGAGAAGUGCUUCGAGUGUCAGGAGUGCAGGCAGGCCUUCAAGUAUUCCUCGAAUCUGCGGCGGCACAUGAGAACUCACACUGGAGAGAAACCCUUCGAGUGCAGUCAGUGUGGGAAAACCUUCACGAGGAACUUUAACUUGAUCUUGCACCAGAGAAACCACACAGGCGAGAAGCCCUAUGAAUGUAAGGACUGUGGGAAAGCUUUCAACCAGCCGUCCUCUCUGAGGAGCCACGUGAGAACUCACACUGGAGAGAAGCCUUUUGAAUGCGGCCAGUGUGGGAAAGCCUUCAGGGAACACUCAUCACUGAAGACACACUUGCGGACCCACACCAGAGAGAAACCGUACGAAUGUAACCAGUGUGGGAAGCCCUUCCGGACGAGCACUCACCUGAACGUACAUAAGAGGAUCCACACAGGGGAGAAGCUUUAUGAGUGCGCCACCUGCGGACAGGUCUUGAGUCGUCUCUCAACCCUUAAGAGUCACAUGCGGACCCACACGGGAGAGAAGCCCUACGCGUGUCAGGAGUGUGGGCGAGCCUUCAGUGAGCCCUCAUCCCUCAGGAAACACUCGAGGACCCACACCGGCAAGAAGCCCUAUGCGUGUCAGGAGUGUGGGCGAGCCUUUGGCCAGUCUUCACACCUUAUCGUACAUGUGAGAACCCACACUGCAGGGAGACCGUACGAAUGUAAUCAGUGUGAGAAAGCCUUCAGGCACAGCUCUUCACUUACCGUGCAUAAAAGGACUCACGCCGGGAGAGAAAACGUCAGGACUGGCGGCCUGCCUUUAUCAGUGUCUCUUGCGUACGGUGGGCCCCAUGCUGAUUAACUUCCAAUUUGUAAAAACAUAAACAUCCAAGGCUGUGAUCAUCUCUCAUAGUACUCGUUAAGCGACAUCCCAUGUUUCAAUGUAUAAUAUUUUCAUUUUGGUUUAAUUCUUAAUAUUGUCUUAGCUUCUUUUACCACUUAUUCUUUGACACACGAGUUAAAUGGAA